AUGUUUUGUUCGCAGGGCGACCUGGCCGAAGACCGCGAUAUGUCCUCCGAAGCCCCCAAGAACGACGCCAGUCGAACCAGCUCGUUCCUCGUCGCUAGGAGUGUCUUCGAGGAGGGCCAGGGGCAACCGCAGGUCUCCAGCGGGGUGGGGGGCGGGUCUAAUCUCCCCGCCGGGAAAAGUGCUGGCCGUGAGCACGAUAAUAAGCGGCCCCUCGCCCGACAGGAGCUCCCGCCGGCCGAGGGCAACGAUGCCGUGCCCAAGAGCGAGCUUCUAGCAAUGACAGAGAUGGCAGCCAAGACCGAGUCUGCUGUACAGGCCGCCGCGCGUGCGCUGCAGAAGCCUUCGGCGGCGGGGUCUCAGGCGCCGGUGCUGAAUAUCGCCCCCCUCCUUGACAACGCAGAGGGCCGGGGCGGGGGCGGGGGUUGGGGCAACCCCCCCGUCCAGCGGCCUCGCGGAUCUCCUCGCCAAAGCCGACGAAACCUUUGGCGGUGACCACGAGAAGGGGCUUCUCUUUCGACAGGUUCGUUCUUGGAACAUCCGUUUGGGGGGGUACUCAGCACUCGAUACUGAUCUACGGAGAUCUAGGGGGUUUCGUGUAUCAUUGACGGUAUGUGUUGGUAGAGGGGCGAUCCCCCUUCUGCUGUGCAUGGGCUAGAUGCCCGG